AUGGCACAGACAACAAUCAUAAGACCCCCAGAUGAUAUUCCGACCGGAAAGGCUCUCAGCGAAGCCUACGAACUCGAGUUACAAUCCGAGACCGGCCACCCGGUUCGAUUCGGUGAGUUGAUCGCAGCGAAAGGGGACCACAUCACGACAAUCGUCAUAUUCAUCCGGCAUUUCUUCUGCGCCUACGACCAAGAUUAUGUCCAUUCCAUAUCUCAACGUCUGACGGAGUCGGUGCUCUCUACCCUUCCGAACUCCGCCGGACCAGCCCAAGUCAUUAUCAUCGGUUGCGGCCAGCCCGCUGCGAUCGUGCCCUACGUGGCCGAAACGUCUGCGGCAUUCCCGAUCUAUACGGACCCCAAGGGCAAGAUCUAUGAGAAGUUACAUAUGAAGCGAACUGUGUCAGCCAUUACAAGACCACCGACCUACACACAGAGAUCCUUUAUUAGUGCCCUGGGCACGACUUUCAAGCAAAUGUUUCGCAGUGGACUACAAGCUUUGAGCGGAGGGGGCUGGGGGCAGAAUGGUGGCGAGUGGGUUUUUAAGAAUGGCAAAUGUGUUUAUGUUCACCGGAUGCAGAACGUAUCGGACCAUUUAACAGCAGACGAGCUGCUCCAGGUGAUCAGUCAGGGUACAUGA